AUGGGAAAGGGAGAAAGCAUUUGGGACCACAUGCUGCAUGAACAUCCUGAAUACACAGAAGACCGACAAAAUGGUGACGUGGCAGCAGAUUCAUACCAUCGCUAUAAAGACGACGUGAAAAUUGUUAAAGAGAUGAACAUGGACUUCUAUCGAUUUUCGAUUUCAUGGCCUCGAAUCCUUCCCAAUGGUGACCUGAGCCUCAUUAAUGCGAAGGGUAUCGAGUAUUACAACAACCUUAUUGAUGAGCUGCUGGCAAAUGGAAUCGAGCCCAUGCUGGGCUGGUUCGCGAACCCCGUCUUCUCCAAGGAAGGCAACUACCCGCAGGUGAUGCGGGAGAGAGUGGCAGCCAACAGCGCAAAGGAGAAGCUGAGGCGGUCUCGCCUACCGGUGUUCACCCAGGAGGAAAUCAACUACAUUAAAGGAACUGCUGAUUUCUUUGGAUUAAACCACUAUACAACCAACUACGCGGAAGAAGGAGAAGAGGGCAAGACACCAUCCGCAGAUCGUGAUGCUGGAGCUAUUAUAACACAAAACCAAUCUUGGCCCUCAUCCGGAUCGGAUUGGUUAAAGGUUACUCCUACGGGAUUCCGUGAUUUGCUGAAUUGGAUCCGUAAAGCGUAUGGUGACGUCAGGAUAAUCAUAACCGAAAACGGGUUUUCUGACAGAAACACCACUCUGGACGGCAUCCUCAUCGACGAUGGCCGCGUCACAUACUUUGAGGUAACUCCUACAGGUUUAAGGGAUUUGUUGAAUUGGAUUACAAAAUCGUACAAGAUUCCGAAGACUUUGAUAACUGAAAAUGGAUAUUCAGAUAAAGUAGGCUAUCUUAAUGACACCGACAGGUUUGAAUAUCUCAAGAGAGAAGUUUGGGCUGUAUCAUGUGGACUUCGCCAGUUCUCAACGAACUUGCACGCCUAA